AUGACCAUUGAGAAGCGCUACUUAGCAAAAAGCGCUUCUUACUGGUCAAGUGUGGUUAGAAAGGCUACGCGUUUGAUUGAAGACAACCCAGACCCAAUAAAGAAGUACAGAGAAUACAUGGAGCCCAAAAUUACUGGCUGUAAAGAUCUCUUUGACAGGCAGCUACUUGUUGUGGAAGAAAGUCUUUUUUCCAUGUCUGAGUUAGAUAAUAUCAGUUUCAGAGACCAGCAAAAAAAUAUGAAUGCAAAAGAGUUGUUCACAAUAGAAAACCAACAGCUUAUGUCGAAAAGAAUGCUUCUUGAUGGUGAUGUUGGGACAGGAAAAAGUUACUUCUGCAAAUGGCUAGAAAUGGAAUGGGUGAAGAAAGGAAACACACUGUACCAAUGUAUAACGUAUGUGUCUGGCAAGAAGAUAAAUAAGAAAGAUGAAAAAACAAGUGUGAAGAAAAUUUUGGAACAAAAAUGCAAGGAUCUUUCUGACGUUCUUCGCAUGCCUCGUGUUUUGCUCAUUCUUGAUGAACUUGAUGACCUUGUGUAUGAUGCAAACAUUACCGAUACUGAUCUGCCUCUUGACAAAGAUAAUAAUCUGGAUAUUGAUACUCUUUUGCCAUUGAACACCUUGAUAGAAAACAUCAUUAACAAACAUUUGCUUCCUGAAACCGAUGUAUUACUUGUUUCUCGUCGUGACUCACCAAUCAGCAAACUCUGCACGUCUACAUUUGUACUUCAAGAGUUCAAUGGUGUUGAAGCCUACAAUGUCUAUGACACAGUUGGCCGACUGUCAGCUGAUAAAUAUAAAACUAUGAAAGAUAUUUCCUACAAUCCUGCUUUUGUUUUAAUGUUGUGUAAUUUCAACAGAUGUGCUGAAAAAGUACAACUCACCAGUCCUCAUGAGUUGGUAAUCUUUUUCCUUCAACAGUAUUUAAAAGAAUUGUAUGGUGAGGGGGGACAUGUGGAAGAACAAAUUCUACAACUGGCUAAGGAAUCAUAUGAAAACCUUAUCAAAGGAGAGCAAAAUAAAAUUGAAUCUACAAGCCAAUGGAAACAUUUUCUGAUUUUUUUCAACAGCUCAACAUUUAAAUAUCAGUGUAAAUACUUGAGAGAUAUGUUAGCUGCCCUGCACUGCGUAUGGCAGUCAAAGAUGGGAGAGAGCUUAAAAGACUGCUUAGACUUCUGGCUGUUUGGGGCUCAUAUAGGAAGAAAACACAUCUGUCCAUUGCUCUCCCCUGUUGCCAAAGAGCACCACACAAAAUACUAUAAUUUUACAAGGUUCUUCAUGAGACUUCUGCCUUAUCCAGAUUAUAACAGCCUGUGUAACAACACUCCAAAUUUGGAUGAUAACCUACGCAAAUUACUCAGAGAUUAUUUCAAAAAUAUUCUGAAGGAUCAUAAUGAGAACUUUGACAAGCUUGCAGUGGUUCACUGUGUUUUUGAACUCCAUGAUGAUUAUGUGACUAAGGCAUUUUCUUCCAUUGAACAUUUCUCCCUUAUGAACACACCACUGAAUUCCUUAGAUAUCCGAUCCAUUGUGUACUGCUUUAAAGACGUAAAGCUUCAGAAAUUCGAUUUGAGGUUAUGUGCUCUUACGGGCGAAUACGUGAAACAGAUGAAAAAUAUCAUCAAGAACACAGGCUAUGUCUUGCUUAGCUCAAACAGAUUGACCUCAGAAACAGGAAUAUUUUUGGGGGAGUUGCUACAAGAACCUGAAUGUCUCAUAGAAAAGCUUGCGUUAGGAACCAAUGACCUUGGCCCAAAUGGUGCAAAGGCUCUUUGGAGAGCUCUGGAACAUAAUAGGAGCCUGAGAAGUCUUUAUCUGUAUGACAACAAUAUUGGAGGAGAAGACAACAACUUUGAGAUGGUUGAACAUUUGCUGAAGAAAAAUUCCCUUAAGGAGCUACAGUAUGUAAAAAUAUUUUAUUUGGACCUGUGUCUGAAUUAUUUUAAUGCAAAAGCAAUUGAGACUAUAAGGACCCUGAAAGCCAAAACGACAGAGCUUAAAGUUGUGGUGGGAAUAUCAGAGGACUUAGAGCUGUUUGAAUAUGUUGAGACAAAGGUAGAAGACUUAUUCAAAACAUGGAGAAACUACAAUAAGGUGUGGCUUAAUACACUUCUACAAAUUGUGCAAGCAGAUCUCCAGAAUAAAGACUGGGAUAUGGAUGUAAAAUUAACCCACGAAAGGGUGGAAAAACUGAUCAAUGAAAUCGAAAGCAUCAUGAACAUCAUCGAGAAGGGAGAAUCCACGUGA